AUGGCGGCGUAUAGGACGCUGGAGCUGAUGCUAAUCUCCGCCAAGCAGCUCAAGAACGUCAACGUCUUCGGCAAGAUGGACGUCUACGUCGUCGUGUCCAUCGUCGGCCAACCCCGGUCCGCCCAACGCACCCAUACCGACAAGAAAGGUGGCAAGAAGCCCUCUUGGAACGCCACCCUCCGCUUCUUCAUCCCCGUAGACCUGGCCGCAUCCUGCAGCCUCGUCCUCCAUGUCGCCCUCCGAUCGGAGCGCUUCUUCGGCGAUCGGAAGAUUGGCUACGUCCAGAUUCCCGUCAAGGAGCUCCUCAGAGAGGGAGGGGACAAGGAUUCGGCUCAGUUUUGUAGCUACCAGAUCCGCAGGCCCAACUCCGGGAAGCUCAAGGGCGUUAUUAAUCUCUCCUACAGGUUUCUUGAUCCGCCUGCUGAAGCGGGGAGCAGCGCCGCUGAUUAUCCUCCUCCAGAUGAGGUCGGAGAGCCGUCCUACCCGCCGGGGGCUUACCCUGCAUACGGCGCACAGCCGCAACACGCGCCACCUUCGGCCGGGUACGGGUACCCACCUCCUUCUCAGCACGGCUGCGCGCCGCAGUAUGGACACGGGGCGGCCGCGCCGCCAAAUAAUAGCAAUAUCGGGGCCGGAUUGGGCGCGGGCCUUCUAGGCGGCGACGUUGGCGGAUUCAUCUUCGCGGAUAUGGUGUCGAAUGCAGCGGCGUACGACGGCGGCGUCAGUUUCUAACGCGAUGGUGAUCCAGGUUAAAGUUGUUAUUCCAUCGAUUCUUUCGUUCAAAACCCCAGUUUCAAUUUGAAACAAAUCCAGUUUUUUUGGAAAACGAGCUUCGCGGAGGCGUUUCUUCUUGUUGUAUCGCAUCAUUCAUUUUCUUCUUGUAUCAUAUCACCCAUUUCUUGAAUAUAUUCCUUGGGUUU